UGGCUGUUUGAGAAGUGGGCGAAGGUGGAUGUCAUGCUCGGGGCAGUCCGUUUCCGCGGAAUCCAGCCCGGGAUUUGACUCCACCUCCAGCCAAGCUGCUUCCCAGUGACAGAAGAGUUGGGACGGAGACUCGCAGUGGGAAGAGAGGCAGGGCGCGGGGAGAUCGGGAGAGAAAGAGAGAGAGAGCGAGAGAGGCUGCUGCGAAGUCCUCCCCAAACACACACUUCAAUGACCAGGCGAGCUGGGGCGAAGCGCGCUCUCCUGCCGGGGCACAAGCAGCUCUGCCUGCCGACGAGGAGUUCCCCCCAAGACGCCUCGCCCGCCGGGAGCACUUUUUCGGAGGGGCAGCGCAAGACCCUGAAAGGACUUCUCCUCUCCCACGACCCGUCGGAAGGGGACUUACUGGAGUGGCAGCGCGAGUGGCCUCGGGAAGAGGAGUAACCGGAGCUCUUUGAUUUCCCCCUCCCCACACCCAACCCUUUCCCCCCCACCCUCCGUGGAGAUGGACACAUCGCAGCCCCCAAAGUCGAAAUAUUGAAUCUUUCCCCCCCACCACCACCCAAAACCUCCACGCGCCGCCGCCCCACGCGCGCACACAUACACACACACACACACGCCCCGCUCCCCCUAGGACGCACGCCGGUAAUAAUGACAAAGGAUUGCACAGGCGAGAGUGGAUCGAGUUUCGCAGAGCGAUCCCCUUAAAUGGAUUACUAAAUGGGACACUCCAUCAGCUAGUCCUGUCCUCGCAAGCCUCCCAGAUACAUGCACCGACGAGGGUGAAUUGAAGAUAUAGUCUCCCAGCUGAACUACUAUGAGGUCAGAAGCCUUGCUGCUAUAUUUCACACUGCUACACUUUGCUGGGGCUGAUUUCCCAGAAGAUCCUGAACCAAUCAGUAUUUCGCAUGGCAACUAUACAAAACAGUAUCCGGUGUUUGUGGGUCACAAGCCAGGACAUAACGCCCCACAGAGGCACAAGCUGGACGUCCAGUUGCUCAUGAUAAUGGACAGAACCCUCUACAUUGCUGCUAGGGACCAUAUUUAUACUGUUGAUAUGGAUGCAUCACAUACAGAAGAAAUUUAUUUUAGCAAAAAAUUGACGUGGAAAUCCAGGCAGCUCGAUGUAGACACAUGCAGAAUGAAGGGAAAACAUAAGGAUGAAUGUCAUAAUUUUAUUAAGGUUCUUCUAAAAAGAGAUGAUGAUACAUUAUUUAUUUGUGGGACAAAUGCCUUCAGUCCCUCCUGCAGAAAUUAUAAGAUGGAUACUUUGGAGUUUCUGGGAGAUGAGUUCAGUGGAAUGGCCAGGUGUCCUUAUGAUGCAAAGCAUGCCAACGUUGCGUUGUUUGCAGAGGGAAAACUGUAUUCUGCCACUGUGACAGACUUCCUUGCAAUAGAUGCGGUCAUUUACCGGAGCCUUGGAGACAGCCCAACUCUGCGGACAGUCAAACAUGAUUCAAAAUGGUUAAAAGAGCCUUACUUUGUCCAUGCAGUGGAUUAUGGCAACUAUAUCUACUUCUUCUUUCGAGAAAUAGCCGUGGAGUAUCACAGCAUGGGGAAGGUAGUUUUCCCCAGAGUAGCUCGUGUGUGCAAGAAUGACAUGGGUGGAUCCCAACGAGUGCUAGAAAAGCAAUGGACUUCCUUCCUGAAGGCACGGCUGAACUGCUCUGUUCCUGGCGAUUCACACUUCUAUUUCAACAUACUGCAGGCAGUUACAGAUGUUAUCCAUAUCAAUGGUCGCAAUAUUGUCCUGGCCACCUUCUCCACCCCCUACAACAGCAUCCCUGGCUCUGCUGUCUGCGCUUACGAUAUUCUUGACAUUGCCAAUGUAUUUACUGGGAGAUUCAAAGAACAGAAGUCUCCAGAUUCAAUAUGGACACCAGUUCCUGAUGAACGAGUGCCCAAGCCCAGGCCAGGUUCUUGUGCUGGCUCAACAUCACUUGAAAAGUACAUGUCUUCCAAUGAAUUUCCAGAUGACACUCUGAACUUCAUCAAAACACAUUCUCUCAUGGAUGAAGCUGUUCCAUCCAUUGUCAACAAGCCAUGGUUUCUGCGGACGAUGGUCAGAUACCGCCUGACCAAAAUUGCUGUAGAUAAUGCUGCUGGGCCAAAUCGGAAUCACACUGUGGUUUUCCUUGGAUCAGAGAAGGGAAUCAUUUUGAAGUUCUUGGUCAGGACAGGAAACAGUGGUUUUUUAAAUGACAGUCUUUUCCUGGAGGAGAUGAGCACUUACAAUUCUGAAAAGUGCAGCUAUGAUGGGGUGGAAGACAAGAGAAUUAUAGGGAUGCAGCUGGAUAAGCAAAGCAGUGCCCUCUAUGUAGCAUUCUCUAACUGUUUAAUCAGGGUUCCCCUCGGAAGGUGUGAGCGUCACGGCAAGUGCAAAAAGGCCUGCAUAGCAUCUAGGGACCCGUAUUGUGGCUGGAUGAAGGAAAGUGGGGCAUGCAUGCAGCUGUUACCUGGAACAACACUUGCAUUUGAGCAGGACAUUGAGCAUGGCAAUACCGAUGGCCUGGGAGACUGCCAAAAUUCGUUCGUAGCACUGAAUGACAUUUCAACUACUUCAUCAGAUCAUGAAAUGUCUUACACUACAGUGUAUGGACACUCCAGUUCCCUUGUUCCCAGCACUACCACUUCAGACUCUCCAGCCCAACAGGGCUAUGACGCUAGGGGCCGCAUGCUCGAUUGGAAGGAUCCGGUUGGCUCGUCUGAAAACACAAACCCCUAUGUGGCCGUCUCAUCCCAUAAUCACCAGGACAAGAAGGGAGUGAUUCGGGAGAGUUAUCUCAAAGGGCACGACCAACUGGUGCCGGUCACCCUCCUGGCCAUUGCAGUCAUUCUUGCCUUUGUCAUGGGGGCUGUCUUCUCGGGGAUCAUAGUGUACUGCAUCUGCGACCAUCGGCGCAGAGACGUGACCAUCGUGCAGAGGAAGGAGAAGGAGCUGACCCAAUCCCGCAGGGGCUCCAUGAGCAGUGUCACCAAGCUCAGUGGCCUCUUUGGGGACACUCAGUCCAAAGAGCCAAAGCCGGAAGCCAUCCUCACCCCGCUGAUGCACAACGGCAAGCUUGCUACGCCGGGCAGCACCGCCAAGAUGCUCAUCAAAGCCGACCAGCAUCACUUGGACUUGGCCGCUCUACCGACUCCAGAGUCGACCCCGACGCUGCAGCAGAAGAGGAAGCCCAGCCGCGGCAGCAGAGACUGGGAGAGGAACCAGAACCUCAUCAACGCCUGCACAAAAGACAUCCCCCCUAUGGCAUCCCCCGUGAUCCCCACCGACCUCCCUCUCAGGGCUUCUCCCAGCCACAUCCCCAGCGUCGUCGUCCUGCCCAUUUCUCAGCAAGGCUACCAGCACGAGUACGUCGACCAGCCCAAAAUGAGCGACAUGGCGCAGAUGGCGAUGGAGGACCAAAACGCCACCCUCGAGUACAAAACCAUCAAGGAGCAUCUCAGCGGCAAAAGCCCCAACCACGGGGUGAACCUGGUAGAGAACCUGGAUAGCAUGCCGCCCAAAGUACCCCAGAGGGAAGCCUCCCUGGGGCCUCCCGGGGCCUCCCUCGCCCAGGGCGGCCUGGGCAAGCGACUGGAAAUGCAUUCUUCCGCUUAUAACGUGGACUACAAGAGAAACUACGCCACGAACUCGCUUACGAGAAAUCACCAGGCCUCCACCCUCAAAAGGAAUAACACUAAUUCUUCUAAUUCUUCCCACCUCUCGAGAAAUCAGAGCUUUGGCAGGGGGGACAACCCCCCUCCUGCCCCACAAAGGGUGGACUCUAUACAGGUCCACGCCGCUCAGGGUCAGACCGUGACUGUAUCUAGACAGCCCAGCCUCAUGACAUACAACUCGCUGACAAGAUCAGGGUUGAAACGCACACCGUCGUUAAAACCAGACGUACCCCCCAAGCCCUCCUUCUCCCCUCUUUCCACGUCCAUGAAGCCUAACGAUGCAUGUACAUAAUCACCGUGGGGUGGGGGGGAACAGCAGGUGACCAGAGUACGCCAUUACAAAGGCAGUGUUUAGCAACGGCAAUGCUCUUUUUCAACUGACCAGGAAGCUGCCUGAGCCUGUGGAUGCAUUGCUCUCUGGGGAAAGUGGAAUAUUUUUUAUUUUUUAAGGGAGGGGGGGUAAACAAUCGGGUCAUGCAAUACAUGGUUUGCAACUGUAGGACCCACCCCCACGAUGCAACAGCUCUUUUACUCAAAAGACUAACCACAAAACAUUGAGCCAAAAGCACACACGAGAAUGAUGACUGUGAUAACUUCACUCGGAAACUGCACAUUGCGCAAUUCCGGAUCUGGGAACUUGAGUGCUUUGAAAGCCAAGACGGAAACGGGGGAAACGACAACCCCAAACAAAUGGAAAACGGAAAGGAAGGAAGGAAUUCAUUGAUUAAGCUAACUCUUAACUGAACUGUGGCAGACAUUUACUCUGUGCAGGUACUGUGAAAUGCUCAUCAGUGUUACAGCCAUUUGGUUAUAGCCGAUUGCCAUGUUGGGCAACCACUCUGUCCUAGGUUUCCACCCCUCUUCUCUUUUAAUGAAUAACAUGUGACUGUUAACGCAAGUAACUCCUAUUAUUUAUUGUUCAUCCUUUUGUCUUUUUUUAUUAUUCCUAAGGAAAUUACUUCUGCAUAUCAUCAUAUGAGCAGCUCUCUCCAGAAGGAAAAAAAAGCGAAAUACGUUGAAAAUUAUGCCUAUUUAACGUGAAACCCAUUAACUGGAGUAAUUAAAACUCUUUUUAUUUUUCCAAUAAAUUCACUGAGUUAAAUAAGUUGAAGGUGGAAUUUUGAACUUUUGUGUUUGGACUCUCUGAUCUCUUUCUGGAAAACAAAAAAGGGGAGUAUUUAUUUAAAUGUCAGAUAAGCUUGCCUUCCAGCCUCCGUGCCGGGCAGUAGUCAAAGAGAAACCACCCCGUUCCACAACAAGGUUCCUAUCUUCCUACAGUAACUUCCUGCCGCAGUGUUGAAAGCUGCCCUCCUUGGCCCCUCUGCUGUGAACAUGGUUUUGUCAAUAGCUCAUCAUUUCUGUGAAGGCACCAGCUUUGUUUUCUGCCAUCCCAUUUCACCCUUGCAUGUGAAAUGGCAGACAAAAAUCCACAAACGCCAUGGACUCAUCCAUAUUAUGCUGGCUUUUGCCGUGCGUAGCUCACGGUCUUAACCGCACAAGGGCAGGGAGGGGAGAGCGUUGUUUGUUGGUGGAAAACACAUCUGUGAAUACCCUACUUUCUUCCACAUGUAAAUUUGUGCCUUACACCCUUCAGUUGUGUAUCUUUGUGAGCUGUCGUGUGUGCCCCCUUUCCCUUUAGAAUAAAUCAGAUAUUUAUUUAUCUCCAUCCUCAAUUACUCCUCUGGAGAACAUGCACGUUUCAAGGAAGAAUAUUGAGGUUACUGUAACAGCGACACUCCAGCUCAUCAGAAGGCGAGGCAGUAACAAUGCACAUCGCUUCAGUGUGACUUUUCUAGUUUUGGUUCUCAGACCACCCCUUGGGCUAUGCUGGCAGUAUCAUCGCCGUACUGCGGGCAGCUAUUCCUUCUACCCGAAUCUUUUCAUAUCCCUUCUGCAUAGUGAUGUAGUCUUACUCACAAACCAGCAAAGAAGUCGUUAGAGGACUGUCAUCAAAAGUCUGAUGUGUCAACUGAAGGCAAGCACUAGGUGCUGUCUGGCAAAGCAAAAAAAAAAACCAGGCACCCUCGCACAGCAUUUAUGUACAGCACAUAAAAUGAAAUGGAAAUUAAUAUAAAGCAGGCUGGCUCCUGCUGGUUCCCAAUAACAGCUACAGUAACGCAAACCCAAAAGGAUGCUGCAUAACCCCUUUUUUAAUUUUAAAAAAAAGUGGAGGUGCUCCUACUUUGAUUUAAUUUGCUCCCAUUUGUGGGGUUUGAAAUGUGGGUGCACAGUGUGUGUGUGUGUGUGUGUGUGUGUGUGUGUGUGUGUGUGUCACAAUUUCUGGGUGGUUCAUGCACAAGCAUGUAUCUUGUUUUUAAUAACUCUGUCAACAUACUGUAGCAAAAAGUGGUGUGUGAAUGUGAGUGUGUUUUAUAUUGCCUGGAUCGAAUGUUUGAGAGGGAGGAGCUAGUUAUUUUGGUUUGGUUUUUUUCUUUUGCUUGGGGACGGACUUUUUUUUUA